AUGGUUUCUGGUUCUAACGAUGUCCGUCACAGGACGGACGAGAGCUCAGCACGGAGUCAUCGGGGUCGUAAGCUGGUGAACCGAGGUCUUCUUCGCACAAUUCAGCAGACAAAAGUCCAAGGCAACCCUCCUGCGAUAUCCGGCGAGGCCAAUCUGCGAAUCCCUUCGACACGCCUUCUCAAACGAAAUGAAAUGUACGCCAGCAUCAGCGGAUUACAGGUUGAAAUGGGAAUUACGCAAAAUUAA